AUGGGUAUUGGCAACCUCGUUAAGAAGCCAUUGUCUGCGAAUGCAACUGAAAAUGAUCAAGUACAUAUUAGCAAAAAAAAGUAUGAUCUUCAUAGCAGGAAUUCUGAACGUCGCAUAGUCAUUCUUGGCUUUGGAAGCGUAGGCCGAUGUUGUCUACCACUCAUUCGUGAACUACUAGUUGAUGACUAUGCUCCUCGAUCGAUCACUAUUCUGGAUCGUGUAAUGCCGUUGGCCACUGUUGUUGCCAAGUUAAAAGCCGCCAAUAUAAAUUUUGAGCAAAAAUGUAUUAAGAAAGAUAAUUACGAAGAGAUUUUAGGCACUUAUUUGAAUGCAGGUGAUCUUCUCGUAGAUCUUAUUAUUAAUGUAAGUACGGCAGCAAUUGUAAAAUGGUGUCAGGAAAAUCAGGUUCUAUACGUGAACACAACAGCUGAUAUUUGGUUUUCCCAAGAGGAUGAGGAUCAGGAGGAUUAUGGAGCGCAUCCCUUUAAUCAAUUUGAGUUUCAUGAGACAGUAGUGGAAAUACAGAAUCAAUUUCGAAUGCAAAAUGGAACAAAAGCACCAACUGCCAUUGUGGAGCACGGUGCAAAUCCAGGUCUCGUUUCCCAUUUUGUCAAGCGAGGAUUGCAAGAUAUGGCUCAUCAUGUAUUAGAGAACUGCAUGAUCAGUGAUGUGAUUCGGAGACAAAAUAUUACAGAUGCAUUGAAUAGGAAGGAUCACGCACAGCUUGCAUACUUACUCGGUGUUAAAGCAAUACAUAUUUCUGAAAGAGACUCGCAAGCAACGAAUGUACCGCGCAGAAUACACGAAAGUGUUAACACUUGGUCUGUGGAAGGCUUGCUCGACGAAGCAUUUUGUUUUGCCCAAUUUGCUUGGGGCAAUCAUGAACAAAAAAUACCUGAAGGAGCUAUACUCAAUGGUGAUCCGAUACAAAAAUGGCCACCCCAAAGAAUUUCUAUACCAAAAAGAUCUCUCGGUGUUUUGGUUCGUUCUUGGGUGCCAAGUGGGCCUAUUUCUGGUAUGCUUAUUCCUCAUCCGGAACCAUUUAGCAUGGCUAAUUAUUUGACAGUUCGCGAUCCUUCGGAUGAAUUAAUCUAUCAACCAUCGGUCUAUUUUGUGUAUUUACCGUGCGACUCUGCAAUUUGCUCACUUCAUGAAUGGCGUAUGCAAGGUUAUCCAAAUAUAACUUCUGAGCGUGUUUUAUCUGAUGACAUUGUAUUGGGAGCGGAUGAAUUGGGCGUAUUAAUUUUAGGCGGACAUGAUAUUCCUGCUUGGUGGACUGGUAGUGUUCUCGACAUUGAAGAAACUCGUCGUCUCGUGAAAGGUCAUUCGGCAACAACGUUACAAGUAGCUAUCAGCGUCGUGGUCGGAAUCAUCUAUAGCUUUGAACAUCCUGAGGAGGGUAUUCGCUUUCCAGAAGAGAUCAAUAGUGAAGAAAUUCUCACUAGGGCCAUCCCAUUUCUUGGCACUUGGGUAUCCAAACCUGUCGAUUGGCCUACCAAAUCAACGUUUCAGGAAGAUGCCAGUGGAAAGGAUAGGAUUGAAACUAAUGAUGAAGGCAAAGAUCAAGACUCAAAGUGGCAAUUUGAAACAUUUCUGGUACAUAAUGACUAUCGUCAUCUAGUUUAA